AUGAACGGAGGUGGACCGGGCCAGCGGUUCGUCCCACGUCCUUGCAGCUGGAAAGGUCAGAAGACUGGAUCAGAACCUCAAGAGCCAACCAAGCGGAAUAUUCUGAAAGCACCUCCAGUUUCUUUACAGGAACGAAUGAAAGAUGAGGAAAUAUCGGAGAUGGAGGUUCGUCUUUGCGGGACGACCGAAUUUGGCCCCCACGGCUUUGUCAUGUCAUUACAACGACCCGCACAACUACAGUAA